AAGAAUAAACACAUUAGCACAUCAUUAUGGGAUGCCACUGUGGAUGAAAUGAGUUUUAACCAAGCACCAUCAAAAUUAAUAUCAGAAAACGAUUAUAUUAUUUUUAAUGAACUGUGGCAAAAUAUGUAUGGCCAGUAAAUACUUGAAAAUGUAAAGAGCAUAAAAAGAAAGCUUUCUGUUUCAAAUUGCAUACUGUCAUCAGUUACGGUAAGCUAGCCCAUGUAGUAUAAUAAUUCUGUCUCUCUUUUUUUUGUUGUUGAGAAAAUCUCUUUUGACACUCAAAACUCAAUCUAAAUUAAUGAGCUCAAUCUAGAAAUAUAAUGGCAAUGCUGUGUGUUACGUGUCUGAAUCAUUUCCAUGCAGGAAUGGAGGUUUUAUGAUGUUUUUACAGCACAUAAUGGUAUGGGCCAAUGACAAAUUAUGACAUUUCAAGGAUACACUGUCAGUCAGUGGCAGUUUAAUUUAACGUUCAACUAAGAACAGUGUUUUUCUGCUUUGAGUGUUAACAUUAGAAGCAGUCAUCAAACGUUCAGCUUGCCAAAUUUGUCUGCCUGCAUCAGUUGUUCAUUCCGUGCACAUUACUCUUUCCUGGUGACAGUAUAACAAUGGAGCAAAGCUUCCGGAUUAUUCACUAGCAGUCCAGGCCAAAAGCAUGUUGUGAAAAGUAAUUCUCUGGCAUGCAUCGAUGGAGUAACAGUGUUCUAUCCUUUGCCUACCAUUCAGCUGGCUUGUUGCAUGGUAGACAAAAUAACCUCUCCAGUUGGGUGGGUUGUUUUUGUGGUUCUUGUGUUGUAGAAAUUGCCUCUCACAUUUGCGCUUGCAAUGGACAGGGACCUGAAUCUCAGCAGGGCAGAAACCUUUUCAUUAAUCAAUCCCUGUAUCCGUUAUUUCCUGUUCCUCUUCAGCUUCUUAUUUUGGGUGUUUUCUUUAUGUAUUGUUGCUAUAGGAGUAUAUGCUAAAGUUCAGAAAGCAACAGACCCGGUUCGAGACACAUUCCUCGUCGAUCCAGCCAUCAUAUUAAUAGUGGUGGGUGUUGUCAUGUUUUUCAUCACCUACUGUGGAUGCAUCGGAGCCCUGCGAGAAAACAUUCAACUCCUAAAAACAUUUUCUUUCAGUCUCACGCUGGUCUUCCUCACCCAACUGAUAAUAACAAUCCUGGUUUUCUUCUACUCUGAACAGACGCGGGAUGCUAUGGGGAAGUUUGUAAAGAAAGCCAUUGUGCAUUACCGUGAUGACCUGGACCUUCAGAAUCUCUUGGAUUACGUUCAGCAAGAGUUCAGAUGCUGUGGCUGGAACAACUACACUGACUGGUCCUGGAAUGUCUACUUUAACUGCAGUCAGAGAAACCCAAGUAAGGAAAGAUGUGCAGUUCCUUUCUCCUGUUGCACCCCUGUACCAAGAGAGACUGUGAUCAAUACCAUGUGUGGUUUUGGGGUUCAAACUCAAAAGAACUCGGAGGCUGCGGAGUCCAUUUACACAGAGGGAUGUGCGGACAGAGCAGUGACUUGGAUUGAAUCUCAUCUGCUUUUAGUCGGGACUCUGGCUUUGGGACUGGCUCUACCGCAGAUUGCAGGUAUUGUGCUGUCCCACAUGCUCGUUUCUCAGGUCCAGAAUGAGAUUAACUCAUUGCUGUAGAAAUCACAGAAGAGAGGACUCUUCACCUGGCUGGGUUAUUAGAGUUCAGGAAUAAAGCACUUAUUUGUAUGUAUACUUAAUGUGUGCAGUUUUAACGGAUCUUUAUUUUUUUCUGACAACAUUUUGUGUUUAUCUAAUUUUAUCUAGUUUUUCUAAUUUAUCUGCUGACAAAUUUGGGAUAAUAAAUAUAAAGCCAAUGCUAUUUAAAACAAACAUUGUAUUAUCUAUCUAUCUAUCUAUCUAUCUAUCUACACACGCAUAUUAUAUAAUAUAAUGUAGGUUUUUAUUACUGAAUUGCAUUUCAUGACAAAUCCAGUAAAUACAUCAACUCCAUUGAAAAUCAAUACAUUUUAAACUGAUUGUUAAUUGUAUUAACUUUAUAUUCUCAUAUGAUCAUUUUUAGACCUUUUUGUUUAAAUGUCCUCAUUUUAAAUACUAGAACAUUUUAAUUUAGAAAUAUUUUUAUUUAUUUAU